ACCAUCGCGCAUCACCAUGGCGAGUUGCUCCUUCGCUCGCGACCAAGCGACAAGGAGACUGAGAGGUGCAGCAGCGGCAGCAGCAGCGGCUCUAACAGCAGCGGCGACCACCCCGCUUCUUUCUUCGGGAACCCCAACCGCACUCAUUGGGACCGGGUCGUCUUGUCCGGGAGCCAUGUGGCUCUCCACGGCCACUGGCUCCCGGUCGGAUUCUGAGUCCGAAGAGGAGGACCUCCCCGUCGGGGCCGAAGUCUGCAAACGCGGCUACCUGCGGAAGCAGAAGCAUGGGCACAGGCGCUACUUCGUGCUCAAACUCGAGACCGCCGACGCCCCAGCUAGGCUGGAAUACUACGAAAAUGCCAGGAAGUUCCGCCACAGUGUCCGCGCCGCGGCAGCUGCAGCCGCGGCGGCCGCCUCAGGCGCCGCGGUCCCCGCGCAGAUUCGACCACGGCGCGUGAUCACCCUGUACCAGUGCUUCUCCGUGAGCCAGCGAGCAGAUGCAAGGUACCGGUAUCUCAUUGCCCUUUUCACCCAGGACGAGUACUUCGCUAUGGUGGCCGAGAACGAGUCAGAGCAGGAAAGCUGGUACUUGCUGCUCAGCCGCCUCAUCCUCGAGAGCAAGCGCCGCCGCUGCGGCACGCUGGGCGCGCAGCCGGACGGAGGAGAGCCGGCCGCGCUGGCGGCGGCAGCGGCGGCGGAGCCACCCUUCUAUAAAGAUGUGUGGCAGGUAAUAGUCAAACCCAGGGGGCUGGGGCACAGAAAAGAGCUGAGCGGCGUGUUCCGGCUGUGUCUAACCGACGAGGAGGUAGUGUUUGUGAGGCUGAACACCGAAGUGGCCAGUGUAGUCGUCCAGCUCCUGAGCAUCCGUCGCUGCGGGCACUCGGAGCAGUAUUUCUUCUUGGAAGUCGGCAGGUCCACCGUUAUCGGUCCGGGGGAGCUCUGGAUGCAGGUCGAUGACUGUGUGGUGGCCCAAAACAUGCAUGAGCUGUUUUUGGAGAAGAUGAGAGCCUUGUGUGCAGACGAAUACAGAGCCCGCUGCCGCAGCUACAGCAUCAGCAUCGGCGCCCACCUGUUAACCCUGCUGUCCACUAGGAGGCACCUGGGCUUGCUGCCGAUCGAGCCCGGCGGCUGGUUCAGAAGGUCCCGCUUUGAGCAGUUUUACCACUUCAGAGCCCUCGGUGAUGGGGAAGACGAGAUGCUCUUCUCCAGACACCUGGUAACACGCGAAGAGCCUGUGAUCCCCUCCAGGCGAGGAAGACCACACCUGCCCAGAAUGCGCAGAUCCAGGAGAGCGAUUUCCAUGCCAGGCAGCCUUUUUCGCCGCUUAUCACCCAGCCCGGUACGUGCCCCAAACCCUGCAGAAGCCCCGAACGAUGGAGCUGGCCAGUCUUCUGAAGCAUCUGGCUCUGGCAACUCUGGGGAGGAAGGUAAUCCUCAGGGCAGAGAGGAUCAGGAAGGAAGCGGAGGUGACUACAUGCCUAUGAACAAUUGGGGCAACGGCAAUGGCCGGGGCUCUGGAGGUGGCCAGGGCUCAAGUGGUCAAGGCUCCAGUAGCCAGAGCUCAGGAGGAAACCAAUGCUCAGGCGGCGGACAGGGAUCCAGAGGUGGCCAGGGCUCAAGUGGCAGCCAGGGUUCAAGUGGCCAGGGCUCAGGAGGCCAGGGUGCAGGAGGAAACCAGUGCUCAGGAAAUGGCCAGGGCACUGCAGGUGGCUCAGGUGGUGGCCAGGGAGCUGGAGGUGGGCGCGGCUCAGGCAGUGGCCGUGGACCUGGAGAUGGACAUGGUUCUGGCAGUGGCAAGAACUCUGGCCGGGGCAAGGGCUCAGGAAGUGGGAAAGGCGCGGAAGGUGAUGGUGAACGUGGAAAAUCUCUGAAGAAAAGAUCCUACUUUGGCAAAUUAACUCAAAGCAAGCAACAGCAAAUGUCAGGACCUCCACCACCCCCACCUCCACCUCCGCCAGCUGGAGCAACUGGUGGAAAAGGGAAGUCUGUAGGAAGAUUCCGACUUUAUUUUUGUGCUGACAGAGGGGCCACGAAAGAACGAAAAGAAGCCAAGGAAGUGAAACCCGCAGAGAUCCCAGAAGGUGCAGCUCGGGGGCCCUACAGAGCCAGAGCUUUUGAUGAAGAUGAAGAUGACCCAUAUGUGCCAAUGAGGCCCGGGGUAGCUGCCCCUCUUGCAAGCUCCAGUGAUUAUAUGCCAAUGGCUCCUCAAAAUGCCUCUGCUUCAAAACGCCAUUCUCGAUCACCUUUUGAAGAUUCAAGAGGGUAUAUGAUGAUGUUUCCCAGAGUGAGCCCACCACCUGUUCCAAGUCCUCCGAAAACACCCGAUCCUAAUAAAGAGGAUGACUCAAAGGACAAUGACAGUGACAGUGACUAUAUGUUUAUGGCUCCUGGAGCAGGUGCAAUUCCAAAAAACCCCAAGAAUGCCGAGGGGGGCUCUUCCUCCAAAAGUUGGAGCUCCUACUUCUCUCUGCCGAAUCCUUUUCGGAGCUCCCCUUUGGGACAGAGUGACCACAGUGAGUACGUACCAAUGUUACCUGGAAAGUUUCUGGGGAGGGGCCUAGAAAAAGAAGUCUCAUCUAACUGGGGCACCAAACAUGCAGCUUCAAAGCCGUCAGUUGAGGGGUUAUUCUCAAAGCCUGCAGAUAGGGGAGCACCUUCAAAGCCUUUGGAUGAUGGGCCCCCAAAGAAUAAGGCUAAGAGACUUAACCGACUGUCUUUUAUUACAAAAGGAAAUAAAAUCAAGCCAAAACCACAAAAGCCCACACAUGAGCAGAGAGAAGCUGACGGCUCUAGUGACUACGUCAACAUUGACUUCACUAAAAGAGAUAGCAAUAGGCCAGUUCCCUUUAUUCAAGGACUGCCAGAUUCGUGGGGCAUAAUUGUUGACCCCAGACAGUCAGCCUUUUAUAAUUACGUGAAUGUUGAGUUCGGAGUGCCAUUUCUAAAUUCAAACGACCUCUUGUAUCUUUUAAGAGGUGCCGGCCCUCUAUUUCUGGACGGCACUAGGUGGCCACUUCGUCUUGUUCCCCUCAGUGCUACAGGUAGCAAUGCUAAUGAGGAAGAGGGUGACUACAUUGAAGUAAUUUUCAACCCAGCAAUGACACCAUUCGUGCCUUUUGCUGACAGUGCCAUUCGCUAUGAUGCUGAAACUGGUCGAAUCUAUGUGGUCGACCCCUUUUCUGAGUGCUGUAUGGACAUUUCUCUGUCCCCCAGCCGAUGCUCUGAGCCACCACCUGUAGUUAGGCUGCUGCAAGAGGAAGAGCGGGAGAGAAGACGCCCACAGAGCCGUUCGCAAAGUUUCUUUGCAGCCGCCAGAGCCGCUGUCUCGGCUUUUCCGACUGACAGUCUCGAGGGAGAACUCUCCGCUUCCCCAGCCUCUGCUGCGGCUUUCGCGGCAGCGCCGACCUUAGCCGUGGGCCGGGUCUUGGCCGCGGCCUCCGCGCUCGCCGCCGCCCCGGGCAUCGGCUCCGCCGCGGGCUGGGAGGCCGCGGCUGGACUUGACUCCGCCUCCGUCCGCUGGUUUCAACCUGUUGCUAAUGCUGCUGAUGCCAGAGCAGCAAGGGGCACCCAGAAUAGCGCCUUUGCCUGGAACCUGGGAGCCCCGAACCCACCCGCAGACCUUGCCAGAGGUGAAAACGGGGCGGGCGGGGCUCUCGCUGCCGCUGCCGCCGCCGCCGCCGCUGCCGCUGCCGCCGCUCCUGCCGCCGCCGCCGCCGCCGCUCCCCCACCACCACCUCGCGGUCCCCGGGUGCCAAGACCCCCAGAGAGAGGAGAUUCUGACGACGACGACGACGAUGACAUCUACGUGAGAAUGGACUUUGCCAGACCUGACAACAAAUUCGACUCUCCCAAAAGAGAGUGAUUACAUUACUACAAAAUCGCAUUUUAGAAGAAAAAUGAUGCUCAUGGAAUUUCAUCUUCGUCUACUCCAGAUCUGCCUAAGAGAAAGAAAAUUCAGAGGCUUUUGAAUAGAAAGCAACCUAGAUUUCUACAAGCUUGAAAGUGGACUCUGGCAGUUGAAUGAUCCUAUUCACACAGAUCAUUCAUAUUGCUGCCUUAUGGUUAUAAUGAUUUUGAGUUAAGAAUAGUCACAUUGUGCUUUGUUUUUGUUUUCUGGUUUCCCUCCCCGAUCUGUCUCUUUGAAAUGAACAAAUACUAUAGAAGUGAGCAUUUCAUAACUCUUUCCUUUCCUUCUUUUAAAAACAUGUUAUUUACAAUAUGUGUAAAUGUGGCUGAUACCAAUUUUAAUGAUGUGUAAAAUAUUUAGAUUUAAUUUUGAAGUUGAAAAACCUUUAAGGAAGGGUGGAUAAAGGAAAAGUUGUAAUAAUGAGAAGAUAGGUAUGAUCUGGAAUCUUUUUUUCUGACUACUACAUACACAGAACAUUUCUUGAUCAACGAAUUAAACGUCAAUUGACCUGAUAUCUUGACGGGACAUUUCUAAUAUUUUAAAGGCGAGACUAAAAGGGCAGAUUAUCUCAGUUUUUGCUCAUUAACAAAGCUGCAACAUUCUGCCCACUUUAAAUGCUAGCUAAACUGAUAUCUUGACUUGACUAAGCAUUUCCAACAUUUUAAGGGCAGAACUGAGAAACAUUAUCUAUGUGUUCAUAUACAACACUGUAAUGUUCUGCCUGCAAAUUGAUUGAGCAUUUCCAAACCUAUUGUUUUUAUUUUAUUUUGAAAUCUACAUUUUCCUCUUUAAGAAAAGCAAGAUUCUUUAAAAGUCUCCUCACAAGACCCCUCUCUACCUCUCUGGGCCUCCCCCCUUCACUCCCCAUUCUUCUCCUUUUUCUGCCCUCUACCCGGCACACACUCCCUCCUAUGCCCACAACUACUAUAAAGAGAUCACUUUCCCAUAUUCAAUAAAAUUAGUGUGUAUUUACUAAUCAUUAUGGUCAUACUAAUUAUGACUAAAACUUAAGCCAAAAGGAACCUCUUAUAAGGCUUUGUUUCCUUCUGGACAAUGAGCCGACAUAAGAUGUACUAAAUUAAAAAAAAAAUCAGAGCAAGCUUCCCCCACCUAUUUUAGCUUGCUUCUGAUGGAAACUGAAUUAAGAUUUCAGAGCCUGGACCUUUGAAAACAUGACAUUAGCAGGUGGUGACCACAAAGGAUAGGUACAAAGGUCCUGAAGUUUGCUUAGAGCUUUGUUACGUGGUGGUACACAAAUCUUGGCUUGUGCCAUCACUGCAAACCUCAUCAUAUCACAGAUGGGUGUGAGUGUUUGAGUGUCUGUGUAAGUGUGUGAGUGCUAGUGUGUGUGUGCACGUUUGUGUAUAUGCACACCUUUGUGUACCUGUGCACAUGUGAUUGUAGAUGUACCUGUUGUGUGUAACUCUGUUAAAAAUAAUUGCUUCGCAUUUGAUCUGCAACUUUGAAGUAGUGUAAUAUUUAUCUAACAUCUUUUGUCACUCGGUUUUGAUGUCUGUGAACGUGUACUUCUAUCUUCAAGCAGGCAUAUAGUACAUGUGGCUAAACUAGCUUUCCUUAAGAACCGAGUUGAUUUCUAUUGUUUUUCCUUGCCUACCAACCAAAGGGAUGGGGGUCUCUUUUUGUUUCCCCCUUGUGGAUGAUGCUGAGGAGAUGUAGCUACAGUACCAGUCACUGCUCCAGUUGCUGGUCACUGCUAGGGCAUCGACUUGAUCAGUUCCUUCAGAUUCCUCUUCUCUCUCCCACCCUAAUCAAGUAGCACAGUGUGGCUUUUGUUCAUCCUGGUAACAAUGUGCUCUUUAGGCAGCCUUUUUUCAGGCCUUCUGUGACCAUUUUAUUUUUAAGUAAGUUUAAUCAUAAUUGUUCAGAAUUGUGGAGAAAAGAUUAUUUGGGGGAAAAUGCUAUAUUACUUUAUUUGCAGAUUAGGUUCAGGGGCUGCCAGCAAACAGGGUACAGAGGGUUACAGCACAGAUACAACACUUGCUGAAUAAAUGAAUGGGGAACCUCAUACACACACUACUUACAAAUAGUAACAGGUACAAAUAGUCACAGGUACAGCAUAACAGAUACGUAAUCUUUUGGACACUACUUCUUAGUUUACAGAUGCAAUUAAUUUAUUCAGUAUUGUGCUGGAAGGAUCUUUAUAGAAUAUGUGUACCAACAUAUGACUGACUUUCCAGCUAUCAGUUUAUGCUGCUGUUAAGAAAAACAAAUGAUGGAAUGAUUUUUUGUGACCUAUACAUUUAAUUUGGUAUCAGACAUAGUAACUUGGUCAGUAAAAGCUAAAAUGUUACAGUUCCAACAGCUGAUUAUGUUUGCUAUUUCUGCUUCACAGAUCUGCUUUGAGUUGUCCUGGCUUUGUCUUCCUUUGUAAAUACCCUUAUGCCCUCUUUUCUUUGGCAAUGUCUUGUUUGCAGUUUUGGAAGACAAACGUGCAGCUCUGUAUAGUGUUUAUAUAUAUAUAUAUAUCUGACUUGGCUUUCCAUAGAGCUACUCGCAAUAAAUGUGUUGAUGUAAGUUA